GGCAUUCACAACACAGCAUUUUUCUAAGCAGCAUAGGAGAGCAUAGCAGUAGCAUCUAUCUACUUCCUCGCUUCCACUUCCAACUCACUCAGCUUUAUGGAUUCUGUAGAUCUGUGCAAAGAUUUAAUGAAAGAUAUUACUCCUCCAAAGGUCGCCACCGAUUGUGUGGUUCCUAUAACCCCUGACGCCGUGACUGAGAAUGGGGAUUUUCAAUCCCAAUCCCCUCUCACACUCUCAGUGGUCAGAAAACAACUCAAACUUGCCACCAUUGAUUGUGAUUCCGAACGUUGCUCUGUUGAAAACAUCGUGAAUGGCGUAGGUAGCCCCAGAACUCCUAAAGAUGGGGUUUUUGACCCCUUUGCACCUGGUCAUGAUAACAUGGCUAGGGCACCCAGCAUUAACAAGUAUCUUGACGAGUACAGGUCCACCGUGGCUCGCCGACUUAAUUUCCACCCGUCAUUUGAUGUGCUUCAAGUGGAUGGUGACACUCUUUCAGACGAGGACAUGGUUGAAUCAGUGUACGAGAAUCUUUUGCAAGUUAUUGUUUCUAAGCAAGCUGAGGGGCUUCUUGCUCAGAAGUCCAACCGCUGUGAAUCGCCUCCUUCCGUGUUCCACUUCACCGGAAUUGCGGAUACUUGCCCUGCUGCACCUAUGAAACCUGCCGGUAAACCUAGGAACAUUCAACUGGGGCUGUGCAAGAAGCUUGAAUUCUGACACAAAGUCAACUAUAUCUAGAUCUAGACUAGACCUGUUACACAUCAUAUUCAGUCGGAAACUGCAUUUUGUGCUGCUAAUUUGAUUUUGUAUCUCUAAUUUUUAGCUUAGCUUGUUCAGGGAUAAUGUAGUUUUACAGGGCACAGUUGCAUCUGACCAAGCUGGUACAUGUAGCAGCUAUUUUGUAUAGCAAACUAAUGAUGUUAGUUUAUUUUACAGUGAAUUAUUCUCCAGUUUUAACUCGAACGGAUAUUUUCUUUUUUUAGUUGUA